AUGAUCGCGCUCGCUAUAGCCGUCUCGCUCUGCGCGCUGGCCAGCCAUCCGGGGGCUGGCGCGAGCCUCCACUGCGCGAUGCGUCGCGAAAUAUCCCCCUGCACGUGCCGAAGAGAGGACAGCGGCACCGGCGCCGUCCUCGUCAUAUGCCAACGGAUUAGCACCUACCAGGACAUCGCCCGCGCCCUAACCAACAAGUUCAGCCCCGAGACCAAGAUCGGCCUCGACAUCUCCUACUCCCAGCUGCCGGACUUCGCAGACCACACCUUCCGGGAGCUGGGGCUCUCCAUAACUCGGCUGAAGCUCAACUUCGACAAUCUAAGUGAACUGAGGGAGAGCGUGUUCGCCAAACUUGAUCUGCUUGACUACUUCAGUCUGGCAGACAACUCUCUGACCGAGAUGCCGCGUAACGUCCUCCGACACCUGCCACACAUCCAAACGCUGGACCUUUGCAGGAAUAAGAUCACCAAGCUAACUGAGGAGGACUUUAAGGAUAUCCAAGAACUGGAACAUCUCCUCGUUGCUGAUAAUCAAAUAUCGAAAAUCGAAAGGCACGCUGUUCCUAAAGGCUUGAAACACGUGCAUCUCGGUAUAAACAAAUUGACGAGUCUGAAUGGGGCAUUACGAGACUUGGAUGAGCUGGAAUGGAUAUUCAUAAAUGCAAAUGAUCUAAAGUCUAUUGAGAAUGAGUUACCCAUUAAAGCCAAGAAAAUAGUGCUCAUUCACGCAGCGCACAACGAAUUGCAAAGUCUGCCCAAGGAUUUGAAGCAAAUGCCAUCGUUGGAGUCCCUGUAUUUCUACGACAACCACAUAAAAUCACUAGAGGGCGCUUUGCAGAAGUCUCGCCGUCUGAUGACAAUAAGCCUUUCUUUUAACAAAAUAGAAUUUCUUGCUGAAGACGAUUUCGCCGAAGCAGAGAUACUGGCCGACUUGGACAUAGCCUACAAUCAGUUGCAGGCUCUGAACGGUUCAUUAAGGAGUUUAAAAUCACUGCGUUAUCUCAAUCUGACCCAUAAUUCUUUCACCGAAUUCUCGCUGCAGGAGAUUAAGGGACUAAAACGCUUGUCUGUUAUCGACCUUUCGCAUAACAAAAUCAGUUAUAUUACAGGAAAUAUGGAGAAUCUUGUCGACGUGGAGACGCGCGUGCUUGAGCUGAGACUCGACCACAACAACCUUCUAAAUCUGGGCGGAGCACUGAUGGGCCUCCACGGGUUACUUCGACUCAAUUUGAGUAACAACCAGAUCCAGCAGAUAUCGCCAGACGACCUCAUCGGUUUGGAGGAGUUGAGACUGCUAGAUGUUUCUUACAAUCGUAUUACUACGCUAGAGGAGACUUCGAAGACCUUCCUGCCGUACCUAGAGGAUCUAAUUGCUCAUCACAACAACAUAACAUCGCUGGACAAAGACUUUCACGGCCUACCGUCGUUAUGCACUGCUGACUUGUCAUACAACAAAAUACAAUCUGUGAAUUACGAGGUCGUCUCGAAAUCAAGAUGCACAAUUAAUGGUGUCCCCAGCAUAUUGAAGAUUUACCUUCAAGAUAAUCCGGUGCUAUGCGACGAUCGGUUGUACGAGCUGAUGACAGUGCUAGAAGGUCUGAACGCCAGACUGAGCGGCGAGGCAACUUGUGCGGCCCCGCAGACAUCGGCACCCGUAUUGAUGAGGGCGCUCAACGACAUUGUACCAGAUGCACCCGUCAUCGUGGUCACCCACGUCGGCAACGGAGUCCGGGUGCUAGAAGGAAGGGAGAUGCAGCCAAGUCACCUCACUUAUCGCCGCGUCGGCGCCAUAUUCGGACACAUUCUGCCAGAACGCGAAGGCGGUUUGCCGGUCCUCGUCGAACCACCGGUAACACUUCCGAACUCGGCGAACAACGUGGUGAAGUGGCCGAACGAGAGGCGGGAACCCACGCACCCUCUGGCUGACCAUCUGCGCCUGCGCGAACUGAACACUCAGUGA